UCCGGUGGCCGCCAUAUUUAAUUUUUCUCCAUGUUGGUAACAGCGCGUUCGUAUAGUAGUUCAGUUUUCUUUUUAACUUUUCGUUAUAUUGUUUAAUUUUGUCCUAACUUGGUUGUUAAUUUAUAGUUACUACCUGAAUAGGGUAGCAACACACAACAGCCAAGAUGCCGCGUAUCAUGAUCAAGGGGGGUGUUUGGAGAAACACCGAGGAUGAGAUCCUGAAGGCAGCUGUGAUGAAAUAUGGGAAGAAUCAGUGGUCUCGUAUUGCUUCCCUUCUUCACCGCAAGUCUGCCAAACAGUGCAAGGCCCGCUGGUAUGAGUGGUUGGAUCCCAGCAUUAAGAAAACUGAGUGGUCCAGAGAAGAAGAGGAGAAGCUACUCCAUCUUGCCAAACUCAUGCCUACCCAGUGGAGAACCAUUGCUCCUAUCAUAGGACGCACCGCUGCUCAGUGCCUGGAGCACUAUGAGUUCCUACUAGACAAAGCAGCCCAACGGGACAAUGAGGAGGACACCGCUGACGAUCCCAGGAAACUGAAGCCUGGAGAGAUCGACCCCAACCCUGAAACCAAGCCUGCAAGGCCCGACCCUGUGGACAUGGACGAAGAUGAGCUGGAGAUGUUGUCUGAGGCGAGGGCUCGUCUGGCCAACACCCAGGGGAAGAAGGCUAAGAGGAAAGCCAGAGAGAAACAGCUGGAGGAGGCCAGACGUCUGGCUGCUCUACAGAAACGCCGUGAGUUGAGGGCAGCUGGCAUUGAUGUUCAGAAAAAGAGGAAGAAGAAGAGAGGAGUAGACUACAAUGCUGAGAUCCCUUUUGAGAAGAAACCUGCGCAGGGUUUCUAUGACACCAGCAUGGAGCUCUAUGAUGGUCUCGAACCAAACUUCAAACGCCUGCGACAACAACACCUGGAUGGAGAACUACGCAAUGAAAAAGAGGAGAGGGAGAGGAAGAGGGAUAGACAGAAGAUCAAGAAGAAAAAGGAGAGUGAUCUUCCUUCAGCCAUCCUCCAGACCAGUGGAGUAGCAGAGUUCACGAAGAAACGCAGCAAACUGGUUCUGCCUGCACCGCAGAUCUCUGAUGCAGAACUAGAGGAGGUGGUGAAGCUGGGUCAGGCCAGUGAAGUGGCUCGUCAAACUGCAGAGGAGUCUGGAAUCACUAACUCUGCUUCCUCAGCCCUCCUGUCAGAAUACAGCCUCACAAACAGCACCAUGGCAACUGGGUUACGCACCCCUAAGACCCCGGCAGCACAGGACAAGAUACUGCAGGAAGCCCAGAACCUGAUGGCUCUGACUAAUGUAGAUACUCCUCUGAAAGGAGGUCUGAACACUCCUCUCCACCAGAGUGACUUCUCAGGAGUCACACCCCAAAGACAAGCUGUACAGACGCCUAAUACGGUUCUGACCACACCUUUCAGAACCCCUGGUCCCGGGCCUGAAGGAAGUAUGACCCCCCAGGGAGGGUUAACCCCUAAAGGACCCGGUAUGACCCCUGGAGUAACCCCUGGACGCACCCCUCUACGAGACAAACUUAACAUCAACACUGAGGAACAACUAGCAGACCCUGUCUAUGUUAAACAUCUGCAACGAGAAUCAAGGGAGCAACUGAAGCUGGGUCUGAUGUCACUACCGAUUCCCAAGAACGAUUUUGAGAUUGUUCUACCUGAAAACGCAGAGACUCAACUGGAGGAAAUGGAGACAGAGACAGGAUACAUAGAGGACGCCUCGGAAAUAGAGCUACGCAAACAGGCUGCUCGGGAUGCCGAGCGGGAGAAGGAGCUGAAGCUGAGACACACUGCUGUACAGCGAUCACUACCCAGGCCGUCAGAGGUGAAUGAGUCGAUCCUGCGUCCAAUGGGAACAGAUCCCCUGUCAGAGCUGCAGCAGGCUGAGGAAAUGAUCAAGAAGGAAAUGAUUACCAUGCUGCACCAUGACUGUCUACAUCAUCCGCCAGCCAACCAACCUCGCAUCAAGCAACGAGGGCCCGCCUCCACCUCCAAUAACGCAGAACACAUUGCCCAUCUGGACAAGCACCCCUACCAGCCAAUCAGCAAUGAGGAGUUGGCACAGGCCAGUGAGUUGCUGACCCAAGAGAUGGAGGUGGUGAAGGCAGGAAUGGGUCACGGGGACCUGUCUAUGGAGGCCUACACUCAGGUAUGGGAGGAGUGUUACGGCCAGGUGCUCUACCUCUCCGCCCAGAGUCGCUACACCAGGGCCAACCUGGCCUCCAAGAAGGAGCGCAUAGAUUCCAUGGAGAAAAAACUGGAAAUCAAUCGAGGCCAUAUGACGUGUGAGGCCCGUCGCGCUGCUCGUCUGGAGCGACGUCUUAAGGUAUUACUAGGAGGCUAUCAGUCCCGUGCUCUGGGUCUAUUGAAGCAGCACAGUGAACUAUGGGAGCAGGUCGAGCAGGCAGCUAUGGAGCUGCACACCUUCACUGAGCUGAAGAAACAAGAAGACACCGCUAUACCCCGUAGACAAGAGGCUCUAAGGGAGGAUGUGGAGAGACAGCAAGAGAGAGAGAAGGAGCUGCAGCAGCGAUAUGGAGACCUGUUGCUGGAGAAAGAGGCUCUGCUGUCUGCCAAAUACUGAAACGAUUCACACCAAAUUCCUGCUUAGAAGACAAAUUAAAUAACAGCACAUACUAUUACACAGUGUGUAAAUACUGGAUCUACUGUCAAGUGUCUGCUAAAACAAGAUCAGUCACUCAUGUCUCAGCAAUUUUCUGACUUUUUCAGGUGAUGAGUUGCUUUUUAUUUCUAUGUAGUAAGACAUAAGUGAAUGGUCUAUUACAGUUGUGCUUUGGUUCUGAUGUCAUGGCCCAGUUCUGUGAGCAUGCCCAGUAGUUACCUAUUGUAGGUCUGCUUUUCUUCUUACUAGUGAUCACUGUUUCAUGUCUUGUCAUGUGUUCAUUGGAAUAAAAUAGAUCACUGCUAA